GUUUUGAAAGUGUUGUUACUAAUCCCGUUUGCUGUUUCCUAGCUUCAGUUAGGUUCCCCAAUAACUUGUAGAUGGUUGCUGCACUGUGAUUGAAUCUAAUUCAAAUAAAUUAUGAUGCAUCUUAACGAUGAAUAUGUUAGACUCUGUCACGGAAUUUAAAAUGAUGUUCUAGCUACAACUACUCUAAGGAAAUAGCUUUAACAGGAUGAGUGCAUGUUUAUUUUCUCAGCACUUUUGGGGAGAAAAACAUUCAGGGUUUGAUGCUAUGUAUCAAAAUUUCAAAUUAUGUUAUCGCACUUCGUCUGAAUUUGCCGAAUUUCUCCGUGAAAGUUAUACAGCAGAAGACAAUUAUUACAAAACACUAGUUAAACUAUCUAAACAAGCAGGAUCAUACAACAGCACUAGUAGUUUCAAACCAUGCUGGGCUCUCCUCAAGCAGUUUAUUGAUCAAAUCUCCCAGGUCCACUUAACUAUCGCACAAGAACGACAGAAUCUAUCAAGAGAUGUACAAAAGUAUCUGGAGGAGCAACACAAGCGGCAAAAGCUGAUCAAAGAUACAGAAGCUUCAACGCAGGAAGUUGUACAUGCUUUUCAGGUAACUUCCGUUCAACUUCAGAAGGCGAAGGAGGCAUAUCAUUCACGUUAUAAUGAAUAUGAACGUGCUAUGCGCUUGGAGUCUGGUUCUAAUCGAGAUCAAGAAAAACUGGAGGUCAAGCUUAAGAAAGCUCAGGAUGAGUACAAAUAUUCGGUUGAAAAGUAUAAUAACCUACGCAACCAGUUCGUGAGCAAAAUGCACAUCUCUUGUGCCCAGUUUGAGGAAAUCGAAGUUUCGCAUCUGGAACAGAUGAAAGAAUUUCUGCAUCGGUAUGCAUCUGUCUGGUCCAUCACGGGUGAUGCUUUAGGCAAAUUACACAGUCAGUUUGAUCGUGAUUUAACUGAGUUGACUACAGACAGAUUACUGAAUAUUCUUGUAACCGAAAGAGGCACUGGGACUUUGGAACCACAAGGUGUGCAGUUUGAAGAUGCAGAGGUUGCUGCCGCGUUUUCAUCAAAUGCAACUGAACGUUCCAACGGAAUAACAACCAAUGGUGUUCGUGUUCUAGAGGCAUUUUUCGCUCGCGAAGCUAGAGCUGCCUCUGCACUUGCAAUUGUAGGUUCUGGUACCAAAGAUAAUGGUGAAUCAAGUCUCAACAGCUUAACAGAUGUUAGAUCAGAUGCAAUCUCUGUGACUAGCAUUUCCGUAGGUGUUGUGCCGUCGGUAACAAAUGUAUCAAUUUCUGGCAAUGGAACUGCAAGACGCCGAGAAGGAUUUUUUCGUCGACGCCGUAAUUCCUUGUCACAGGAUCCUGCUCCUGCUGUCGGUGGCAAUAAUGCAUCAGGAUCGUCCACCUCAGUCGGUGCGGCCAUUGGGACAAACACCAAUAUUCAAGCUAGUGGUAGUAUUAAUCUCAGUGCUUUCACCGUCGUUGCCAAACGUGGGAUUCGCCGACUAGGCACUCCUUAUUCAAAUGGUAAAGAUAAACCAAUAAAGCAAAUGGACAAGUCAGAUACCAUUACUUCAAAAAGUGAUGAUUGGCGGACUACUACACCCGUAGAAUUACCGAAAGACGAAGACGGUUAUAACAUUAGACCACCUGAUCCAUGGGGUGAAAACUCGUCAAAUUUCAAUCAUUCUGAGGCUGAUGACUCAGGUUCCGAAGAAGAUCUAGAAAACAAAGCGAACAAAACAUUUCAUGGACUAAAAGUUAAUAUCCGUCCAGUUGGAGAGUUUGCUCCAGGAGUAGCGCUUAAAUAUAAUGGGGAUAAAUUAGAAUCUCGUCCAAAGCCUUUAGAAACAAUAAGAAGUCCUAAAAGCACUGGGAAUUCACAAGUCCCUUUACUUAUUGAUCAUCGUAUCGGAUCAACACUUCGAUCACCACGUUCAAGCAUAUCUUCAUAUCAAAAUAUUCCUAUCACUGCAGGAUCGGAUGGCGUAUCAAAUCAUGAUUUGAUUAAUGCAUUACCUCUCCCACCAUUGUUACCGCCACCUCCUCAACCGCCAUCGUCAUCAGUGUCAUCAUCUACCACCGAAUCUUUCGCUGCUAUCGGUGCUGGUGGUUCAAUGCGUGCUCGGAAUGUCGGUUUGUCAUCGUUUAAUACACUCAGUAAGGGUCAUUCAAUAUCGGCGAUACGUCCACGUGGAUACAGUUGCAAUACAUGGACUAAAAGCAAAUUAUCCACUCUUCCACGAAGAUAUCGCAGUAAAGUUUACACAAAUAAAAGUAUUUUACACGGAGCUUUUGUCACUUCUCAAAUUAAAGGAAAUUCAAGUCAAGUAAAUUCUGAAAGAUCAUUGGAAUCAAAAGAUGAAACUAACAGUACAACUUUCAAUUUGUCGUCUUUUGAUGCCCUAUUCACAGUACAAGAAACCAAUACAAAAGAUAUUCCUUCAAAUAAUACUAAAGAUUCUAUUCAGAAGGACUACUCUUCAGAUUUUAAAUUUGGUUUUAAAGAUUCUGUUAGUUGUAAUAGUUUAGUAGAUACUUUACAAAGAAGUUCAUCAUCUGUAAUGGGUGUUAAUCUAUCACCUGUAAAGAACGAUGAUGGUGGUGGUAGCUUAGUUCGACGAUGUUCUAGUACAGCACCUACUUCAACAGAUAAUGAAUCAUUUGAUCAGUCUAAUUGGAUGGCGUUUGAAACAAAUUCAACUGAAACAAGCAAAUCCUUCAGUACUUGUGUACCUUGGCCAUCUUUUAACGCUAAUAUACAUGGUACUGUAGUUGGUAAAGAAGCUCGACCUAUUCCUGAACCUCCAACACGCCUUCAUAAUCAUCCGAAUAAUAGUUCUACUAUUGAACCAAGUAUUACACCUUCUCCUUCUACCCAUUCAGUUAAUUUGCCAAAUAAUUCAAUUUGCUUAGCUGCUGCAUUUACAGAGACUUGGCAUGCCCGGUUUUUUAAUGGUGGUGGUAGCUCUUUUUCAACCGCAGCCUCUACUGGUCAACCUCCCAUUCAAACAAUCUAUGGUAGUUUAACACUUGCAUUUCCACGUGCGGAUAUGGAGCAAAGACUAUUCAAUAAAUCACUUAUUCCCCCUCUUGUGUUUAGAAUUACAAAUGCCGAAAGAUUAAAAGAUCUACAACCUAAACUUUCUGGCUCAUCAAUCAGUUUAUUUUCUGAAAGUACAACUCCUACUACUGAUACACCUCAACCAAUUUUACUCGAAAAUUUGACAGAUAACAAUGCAACACAAAUAAUCAAUAGUGGUAAUAAUAUUAGUUCAGAUUAUAUGCUUACUAUUCCUGGUGAUGUUCUUUCACGUUAUCUUGCUCCAUUGAUAAUUGCUUAUUCAGAUGAAAACUCAUUUUCUUGUAGUGAUACAUCUGAUAAAUUAAAUUCUUCUUUUACAUCUUCUAAUGCACCUACAUAUGUUAAAUUAGAUGUAUUAACUUAUACAGUUGAUGUAAAUGCCGACAUUAAAGGUUACUAUUCUAGUCUUACACCUCCAAUACAUUUAUGUACUUACUGGCGUUGUGAAGCAUUAACCACAGAUUUUCGUUUGGAUUAUACAGCACAAUGGCCUACACCAACUGCUGCUAAGGAAUCUGUGAAAAAUACUGGAGAUUUGCGAAUAAAUCUCAUGAUUGAUGGAACUGUUAGUCAUAUGCAAAGUCUUCCAGUUGGUACGUGGCUCCCAGAAGUUAAUCAUGCUACAUGGCGUAUCCCACUUCACAAUGCUAAUAUUGAUCGUGACUUAUCAAGGGAUACUACUAGUAAUAAUGCACAUCGAUCCGAAUUCACUUCGAAAUUUGAUGCAACUGGUACUGUUCGAGCGAAAUUCACAUUAACAAAUGGUCCAGGAAAGCCACAACCUGUUAGUUUACAAUUCUAUCGUGAAGGCUCCUCAGCUAGUGGUGUACAAUUAUUUGUUAUUUCAUCUGAUUAUCAUAUGAAUUUAUGUAAAUAUCGUUUGAUUGGUGAUCGGUAUAUAUGUGAUCCACCAACAAAUCUGAAUCGUUUUCACUCAAAUUCAACGCUUCAAUUAGAACAAAGUAACAAUAAUAUAAAAGAAAAAUUUGGUUCUCUAGUUGUUACUGAAAACAAGAGCGUUAAAAAUAAAAAUGAUAGUAUAAAUGAGCAUAAAAUAAAUUCAACUAAUUUAUCUGCAAUCUCUGAUACGAUUAAAUUUAGUCAUUUACAGUAAAAGUGAUUUUUCAUUUUUUGUGCCUUCAAUGAAUCCAUUAAUUAAAUAUGCAUAAUUUCCUUUGAAAAUUAGUUAUAAUUUGAUUCAAUGAACUCUUGUGCCAACUAAUUCUCUUGUUAUUAUUGUUACAUUAACUAACUGAUAUUGCAAAUACACCACAUAAAUCAUUUUACACCUGAUUAACUAGUUUUAUAUAUAUAUAAAUUCUUCCUUCUCUUUCUGUUUGCAUUCAUUUACUUAUUCUAAGUGAUUAUUAUUAUUUUGAGAACAUUUAAAGCAAAUAUGUAAAUUUCGGUAAUUACUCGUCGAGUUUUACAAUUACAAAAUAAAAAUAUUUGAGUUCGAUUGCACUGAAUCGAAUUCUAUGUGAAACAUGUACUUCUGUUUUAUUCUCAUUAUUCUCAGCUGUGUUUUACACACACAUAUAUAUACUUGUUCAUAUUAUUAAUAAUUCAUUCAUUCUAUUAUUCUUUUACAAAAGUUUUACCAAACUAGAUUUGAAUAAAACUUACAUGACUUUCUUAUAUUGGCUAUCAUCACACUGUAUCAUUUAAUUCAUAUACGCCUAUAAUUAUUCAACUAACCAUGAUGGUUCGAAUACUUUGAUGAAUAAAUAUUUUUAUUUUUGUAAAUUGUUUAAUGAGAAAUCACUGAGAUUUAUAUAUCUGCUCAAAUGAUUUUGUCAAUUUAUAAUGAUGGGGAUCGCUUAGCAUUAUUACAUCAUUAAUAAAAAAAACUAAUCAACUGUCAAUCUAUCUAUACUGACCACCUAAUAAUAUGUAUUGAUUAUUCCAGUGUAUAUUGAAUCCCCCUAGUAUGUUCUCGCUUAAAUCUUUACUACAAUAAUUCUUUUAAUCAGAAUAAUUAUCUUAGAGGGAGCUAGAGAGGUGGAAAUCGGUACUUUUCGUCUUUUACUGCUUAUGUCAUCUUUCGUACGGAAUGCUUUCUCGUGUAUUUGUCCAAAUGAUACCUAAUACCUACCUGUUUAUGAAUAAUUUCUUAUGUAUGUCAGUAUUAGUUACUCAUGUGUACUGAUAAUCGUUGAGAUAUUGAUUGUUUAUUUCGUUAACACCAACAUACAGAUAAUUGGAUUCUGCAUUGUACCUUUUCAUAUACCUGUUUUUAUCACCUACUAUCCUUCCAACAAAAUGUAAAUUUAAUACUGACUUCUCUUUCAUUUCAAUUAUUAUUAUUAUCAUUAUUAAUAAUCUUAACAAUUUGUGCUGAGAAAGUAUGGAUUAGUAAUUAAGUUCGAUUCAUUUAUUCUUUGCCCGUUUUCAUUGAAUUUUUCUGCCUUUCCUCUUGCACUGAGAUGAGUAGCCAUAUAGUCACUUAAUUCGCAUGUUAAAAAAUUCUCUGUCUAUCUUUAAAUAUUUUACUUCGAAUAAUGUAUAUUAUUGAUUCUUAGUCGUGUUGUCAAUUCUGGUAGUCAGAUUUUAAUGAUGAUGACUAUCAUUAUCAUCAAAUUAAUAAAUUGUUAAUUGAUGAGUAGACUGUAAUGUUAUGCCUUUAUUACUGCAAAUAAUGAUUACUUACUGUAUGCUUGUCGAUAACUUAGUAUAAGCUUGUGUAUAUUUAGCUUUUCUGGCCAUCAGCGACUAUCUUGCUACGUACCCAAACCGAAAUUUCCAGAGCUAGAUUCAUAUUUGUGAUCCAAGCAUACUAAAUGUCAAAUUUUCUAACCAAUUAACUAUUGAUAUUUCUAUAACUGGAACAUACAGUCAACAUUUUACUAAAAGUGUUCAUCAGUUAUUUAAAACGAAUUUACCAACUUACUAUCAAACAUUAUGAAAGCAAACAUAAGAUAUAAAUCUAACUCAAAGAGUAGAGAUAACAGGUAUAGUGAUGAUGGUCUAGUCCUUCUCAAAGUUUGAUUGUCAGUCUUUAGCAUUACAAUCGGUAUUUUUAUCUUACAAUUUAUGCUUUCCAAGUAAGCAUAACAGUGAUACUAUCAAACUGGUUCACAUUGUAACUUAAUUUUAUAUUGAUAAUCCCACUUACCAUACAAACGUUCAUGUAAUCAACUUUGAACCGCACUGUUUGAAGGUUAGUGAUAUUGCCCCGGCUUCCUAGACCAAAAAAGGUACAAAAACCUUCAACCACUAAAACACUGCUUAACAUCUGUGUACGCAUUCUGAUGUUCACAAAAUAAUAUUUGUUGGUCUUUUAUUAUUCAAUACAAAUAUGCAUUCGGUUAUACCUACAUGAAUAUAAUUUGUUUUUUUAACUAAAGAAAAAAAGUUAUUUGUUAUAAAGAGACAACGGCAUUUCAAACUGUUACGUAUAACAAAAACCCACUUUACAUGCGGCAAUAUUCUACUCUAAUAUGUUUUCUAUCCAUUUAUAUAAUUGCAAUCUACUUCUUGAAUUUAUUGAAGCCUAUCUUCUUUUUUUAUAUCUAUCUACCUUUUUAUUAUUUUCUCUAUCAGUUGUGAUUUAUUUUCAAUGUUUCUGCUAUUUUAUUCAAACCACAAUUAAUAUGUUCAUUUUAAAAAGUAGAACAUCAAUUGAUUUGCUUUUUCAAAUACAUCGAACGUGUUUAGCAACAUAGUUCUGUCAAUUAUAUUAGUAACUAUCUUUUUUCUUUCUUUUCCAUAUUUUUAGUUUAAACAAAGUAUGUGGUAAGGUUCAUUUAAAUAAAAAUGAAUUACAGUAAGACAAUCAUUUUUUCAUCUGAAAUUUUGUAUUUUCAAAAUGAUUAUUAUUUACUACAUAAAAUCACAUAAACUGAUAAGAACUAAGUAUUCAACUUUAAAAUUCCGUUCUGUUAUUGUAUAACUUUAUAAUUAGGCUUCAUUACAAAAUGAUAAUUUAC